UCAUUUGACAUUAAACUGCGCGCGAACACGGACCUUUCACUUGCGAUUUUUUUAACAAAAGAAAAAAAGUUUCCGUUGUGUUGUCUAGUGCAUCUGUGAAAAGAGUUUCUAUACCUACAUAUAGUUUUUUCUGCUGUCUCAAUCUUUGCAUUGUGUGUGUUACGAGAAAUCCUGAUCGACCUAAUAAGUUAUGGAGAUUGACAGCGCGAACUGCAAAUACCGAGUUUCGGAAUGCCAGGAUAUCGAGCAGCUAUCUGUGGAUUACCCCAUCAAGUGCGAUCAAGAAAUCGACUGCUUGGAGACCCUUGUGCAAGAGUUACACAGGGUGUUCUCAAAGAAUCACGUCAACAUACAGGAGGUUCAGAAGUUGAUGUCGGCGUACAAAUCGGACCCAAAGCAAUGGCGGAAGUUCGCGAAGUUUGAUCGUUUCCGGUAUACCCGAAACCUAGUCGACGCUGGUAACGGAGCGUUCAACAUAAUGAUACUAUGCUGGGGGCCCGGCCAUGCCUCCGCCAUACACGACCACGCGGAUUCCCACUGCUUCAUGAAAUUACUCAGUGGAGGCUUGGAUGAAGUCAGAUACGAUUGGCCGAACAACGUGGAACCGGAAGUCGUGAAGAAAAUGAAAAACAAAACAAACAGACGUACAUCCUCGGAAACGGAAGCAGAACUGGCCGACAGUGUUACCGAUUUGGACAUUAGCGGCGAAAAUGACAGGUGUCAAAGUAGCUGUCAAAGUCAAAACGAACACGAAGAAGACGAAGAGCGUGGUUACGAUGCGCAGAGUAUGAAAGAAAUCGGUAGAACGAGAUUAGAAGUUAAUGAUGUUUGCUACAUCAAUGAUGCACAAGGUCUACACAGGAUGGAGAACCCCUCCCACGUGGACGGAGCAGUGUCCCUCCAUCUCUACUGCCCCCCUUUCGACAGCUGCAGAGUGUUCGACUCAAGGACGGGCAAAUCUUCCGAAGUUAAAGUCACUUUCUGGUCCAUGUAUGGGAAGAAGAUUAAAAAAGUCAUAGAAGCGGAUCCUUUAGAUGAUCAAGAGUAAAUCAAAAUGGCGGACGUUAAGAUAGACAAAAUGGUGCUAGAUUUUAUAAUAAACUUAACAUUCCACUAAAAUAAGACUGUAAUGUUGAUACAAAUGUUAUAAUAUGAAUAUACGUUUAAUUGUUAAGAACCAUUUUUAUCACAUUAGAAAUUUAACAAUGAACUUAAAAUUAAUUAAAUUAAUAUUAUGCUAUAAAAGUUAUAUAUCUUAAUAUAAUUGGCGCCAUAAGUGAAAAAAUAGGACUAAAAUUAAACGUAAAAAUAGGCUCUAUAAUAUAUUAUUUGCUUCGUUCAUUUUAAUUUAGUUCAGGUUGUGGGGUAAAAUAUACCUCUUACCUGAGAUUUUAGGGUUAUAGGUUGAGAGAGAAAGAGAGAGAGAGAGAAAGAGAGAGAGAGAGAAAGAGAGAGAGAGAGAUAGUUUGACGGGGAAUGGGGUGGGUUCCCGAGUUGAAAAUAAUCUUUCCAUAUCGAUCGCGAUUAAAAAGUAUACGAUUUAAAAACGAAAAUAAAUAUUUCUGAAAAUGAUUUUACUUUUUUUCAUUGCACUAUUUUAUACUUACUUAUGAAAAAUACUUCUUGUUUUUUGGUUUGAUGCUUUAGGUUUUUACCUUCUGAAAUCCGGUAAAAGUUUGCCUGUAUUUUUAUUGAAUCCGGCGUUCAAUUUUCUUUACAGUUAUUUGAAUUCAAAACCCAGCUCAUUUUGCAUUGCAUUUUACUGGCAUCCGCCAGCAAGAAAUUUUAAAUAUUUUCAGUAAGAACUAUCAAAUGAAAGACCGGGAACGGGUAGUGUUUAUUAUUAUCACAGAAUUAAGGACAUACCGAAAACUUGUAGAUGACCUGAUAUAAUAUUCAAGCAU